UCUGGCCUGGGAGAAAAUAGAUUAUGAGAAUAUCUCGGUGUUAAGCCUGGACUACCAAGAGUGAGUGAGAGUACCAAUCAUUGCACGAUGGUACCGGUCAAUACAAGAGAGUACCUGUCAAUCUAUAAUGGUAUUGGUUAAUAUAUAUGAGGCACCGGUCACUACAUCAAGGUUCAGGUCAUCACAUGAGGGUAGCGAUCAAUAUAUGGAGAAUUAAAAUUUAAAAUAACUUCCUUUAUAUUGGUAAUAAAUAUUAGAAAUUAAAAUACUAAUAUUACUGCUAAUAAUAGAUAGUAUCAAUAGUACUGAAUUCAGCUACGGUUGGGCACGGAACGAUGAGAGUGAAACAUAUUGCCGCCCCCUUCCUUGAAAUCAACUGUGGUUGACCGGAAAUUCCUUCAGUCAGGACCAAUUCAGAGUGGCCGAGCGGUCUAAACUGUCUCAAACCAAAUAGCUGGUGGUUUUGAAUUCAAUCCCCAACAAAGCCAACAUCCCAAGCACCCCAGGUGGAUGGGACUUGUUAGCCUUGGACGGCAACCCAUCUCAGAGAAGGCAAGCUCUGAAUUCAAACCAGGAGCCAGAAUGAUCAACACAUUGUUCGUGGGCCCCUCAAAUAAGAAGAAGAGGAAUUCUAAAAAAAAAAGUCAUUUCCGGGGUUGACCGCCACUUAUACACGCCUCUUUGACGCCUCUUUGUACUCCUUUUUGUACGCCUCUGUGUCGUAAGAAGAGAAUCCAACAUUCGUUAGGCAGUUCUUGAACCGUCUAAGCGAAUGCGCCUGAAAGUACCCAACCAAGAAUGAAUAUUUUGAGUAUCAACGAAAAGAAUUUAACGCCUCUGCUUAUUAGCUAAAAUAAUUGAUCUAGGGGAACGACUAUUUCUAUGCAACUGUCAAAUUGUUAAACAAAUUUGCAUCUAUUUUUGUCAUUCAUUUGUUCCUUAUGUACGUAUUGACACAAUAAUUAACCAAUUGAAGACAUCUAAGAUCUGUUUCCUCCCAGCUUGUGGCACCCCAACAUGGUCAUCUCAAACUUCGCCCACGAGGAUUCCUACAUGCUGCACGGGAACGAUCGCCUCCUGCUGGAUGACUCUGGACGCGUACACAUGACCUUUCAAUUUUUCUCAAGGACGAAUUGUAACCUGGAUUUCACCAACUAUCCCUUUGACAAACAGGUGAUUUGUUAUAGGAACAACGUGUGACUUUUUUUAUGACAAACACGAGACUUAAGGUUUGCCAACUUUAUUAUUAUAGUCACCAACUGUCGACUUUCUGUAAAGAACGGGGGCUUCUUGUCCUUAUAUAUUAGGCAAGUGGAUAACUUUGUAUUUGACUAAUUGAUGGCUUUAUACUUGACUUAUUUGUUACUGUAUAACUGAACGAAAUCUGAUUGAAAUGGUCCUACACAUGCCUGCCUUCUAGCCUCAAAAAUGUCGGCUUCACACACUGGUAGUGAUACAUCUUUACUAGAUACGCCUCACAGUACCCACACAACUAUCAUUGUGCCCUCACAAAACUACCAUUGUACACAGACAAAACUAUCACUGUACACAGACACAACAAUCAUUGUACCUGGGUUCAACUAUCACUGUAAACCAGACAUAACUAUCAGUGUACACAGACACAACAAUCAUUGUACCUGGGUUCAACUAUCACUGUAAACCAGACAUAACUAUCAGUGUACACAGACACAACUAUCAUUGUACCUGGGCUCAACUAUCACUGUAAACCAGACAUAACUAUCAGUGUACACAGACACAACAAUCAUUGUACCUGGGUUCAACUAUCACUGUAAACUAGACAUAACUAUCAGUGUACACAGACACAACAAUCAUUGUACCUGGGUUCAACUAUCACUGUAAACCAGACAUAACUAUCAGUGUACACAGACACAACAAUCAUUGUACCUGGGUUCAACUAUCACUGUAAACCAGACAUAACUAUCACUGUACACAGACACAACAAUCAUUGUACCUAGGUUCAACUAUCAUUUUACCCACGCAUAACCAUCAUAGCACGCUAACACAACUAUCCUUGUAUCAGAAACAAAUAUCACAGUACGCCAGACAAAACUAUGACGGUACCCGGUCACAAAUAUCAUAUACCACGAAACAGCUAUCACUGUACCCAGACACAACUAUCACUGUACCCAGAUACAACUUUCACUGUACCCAAACACAACUAUCACUGUACCCAGACACAACUAUCACUGUACCCAGAUACAACUAUCACUGUACCCAGAUACAACUUUUACUGUACCCAAACACAACUAUCACUGUACCCAGAUACAACUAUCACUGUACCCAGAUACAACUUUUACUGUACCCAAACACAACUAUCACUGUACCCAGAUACAACUAUCACUGUACCCAGAUACAACUUUUACUGUACCCAAACACAACUAUCACUGUACCCAGACACAACUAUCACUGUACCCAGAUACAACUAUCACUGUACCCAGAUACAACUUUUACUGUACCCAAACACAACUAUCACUGUACCCAGACACAACUAUCACUGUACCCAGACUCUACUAUCACUGUACCCAGACUCUACUAUCACUGUACCCAGACUCUACUAUCACUGUACCCAGACUCUACUAUCACUGUACCCAGACUCUACUAUAACUGUACACAGACUCUACUAUCACUGUACACAGACUACACUAUCACUGUAACCAGACUCUACUAUCACUGUACCCAGACUCUACUAUCACUGUACACAGACUCUACUAUCACUGUACCCAGACACAGCUAUCUUUGUUCGCACUAUGCUUUUAAUUCUUGCAAAAUAAAACUUUUUUUUUUCAGCUUUCUCAUAAAGGUCCUAAUUUUAUUGGGUGCUGACAGUUGCGAAUUGAAUAUAUAUUUAUUAUUUUAUGACCAAAUAGGUACGUUCCCUUAUACUACGAGACUCUAGACCAGUGACGUCGUUAGGGAGUACCUCCCCCGUCAGCACUUACUUUCUUAAUGUGAGGGCUGGCAUUUCAGCUCGAUGUUGAGUUUUAUUCAUUGCAGGGGUUGGCAUAAGGCUUGACCGGCACCAGUGGGGGGGGGGCGGCCUUUGACCUUUGCCCUAUCUACCUCACUGCUCCGGAGCAUUGAUUAAUGCUUUGGGAUUUAGCCAUUCCCCUCCUCCCCCCCUCCCUCCUCUUUGGUUUUGAAAGUCCUAUUUAUUUAACAAUGUUCCUUACCUCCAGGAAUGUGACCUCAUCGUGUUGCCCUUCCUAGACGAGUGCCAGUUCACCAUGACCACGGAUAAUGCCUCAAACUUAACUGACCCUUUCCAGAUCAACGGGGAGUGGUCGAUAGAGGCCCGAUCGGCGGACACAGAGAUGUACACGUGGGGGCAAAAGAGCGUCCCCAUCUUGAGGUAGAUCUGUCACGUGAUUGUGGUGUGGGUCGUGUGGAUUUGUUGGUAGGGAAUAUAAUUGUGGUGAGCCACUUGGUGCACACAAAUGUACUGUACGAUUGGAACGGAAGAGUGGGCAGUGUUAAACCAGGUAUGGGAAACCUUCGGCCCGUGGGCCACAUGGGGCCCGCUCAAAUGUUUGAUGCAGCCAGCAAGACCCCUUUUGAACUUAAUUAUUAUUAUUUUUUUUUUUUAAUAUCCUCAUCGUGAGAAAAAAAUGAAAUGAUAAUUAUUUGUAAAAUUUAAAAUAAAAAUAGUAAUAAAAAUGACAAAUAAGAAAAACGCUUAUUUUGGAACUUUAUUUGUCCUGAGCCCUCCACGCAACAAGGCUGCCCCCCCCCCUUUUCCACUGUGCUGAAAGCAGAUGGACAAGGGAGGGGACAUGGCAGUUAACAAACUGUUGUUGGGAGGGGGGAGAAUAAUAUCAUAGGAGGUGGUAGAAAGCAGUUAGCGGUCGCUUUUUGGGGACAGGUUAUCAAACUUUGAAUUGCAGGUGGGUCGUGUGAAGGAUUGUGUGUAGUAGAGGGAGAACGGUAGGUGGAUAGGUGAUUUUGGUAGGAGGAUAGGUGACAAUGGUGGUAACAUAGGACACAUUGGUGGGGAGAUGGGUGAGGUUGGUAGGAUAGGUGAGAUUGUUAGGACAGGUGAUAUUGAAACUAGUAGGAUAGGGGAAAUAUGUAGGAUAGGUGAGAUUGGUAGGAUAGGUGAGAUUGGUAGGUUAGGUGAUAUUAACAUUAGUAGGAUACGUGAUAUUUGGUAGGAUAGAUGUGAAUUGGUAGGAUAGAUGAGAUUGUAUGAUAGGUGAGAUUGGUAGGAUAGGUGCGAUUGGUAGGAUAGGUGAAAUUGGUAGGAUAGGUGGCAUUGGUAGGAUAGGUGAGAUUAGUAUGAUAGAUGAGAUUGGCAGGUUGGAGAGGGAGAUUGUGGAAGGAGUUGGGCUGUGCAGAGUUGUGAUCAGAGAAAAGAGGUUAUCGAUGGAGGGGUAUCUUUAAAAAAAAGGAACAUUGUUUUGUUCCUUUGUUAUAAAGACGUGAGAAUCAAAAUCCUGUUAACAGUGGCAUAUGGAUUGGGGGGUGGGGGAGGGGGACGAUCCACCCCUGGCAGUAUUCUCUUUAUAGCGUUGGAAUGUUCGCCCAGCAGCAGCGUUAUUCGUGGAAGAUGAGAGACAGAAAUCUUGGCCCACCCCCGACGGCACUAACCUACGCCACUGCCUGGCAGGCUGAUUAAGUUUAAAGAAAAGGAAAGGGGGGGGGGAUGUUAUUUCACUCCAUCUUGGUACAUGGCAAAGUCGCUUCCAGGAAAGCUCUCAGUGUGUGUGGGAUUCUGAGCGGGUUUUAUUUCACUGUAGGUGUCGUAUCUUCAGUAACUAAUGCUACGAGUGUAUGCCAAUCUCUUACAUACGGAUAUUGUAAUGCACGGGCCGUGUUGGUCAGUCCUAUAAAACUGCUACGCGUCAGCAUCCUGUACCGUAAAACUGUACUUGGUCGAAUCGCUGCUUACGGUCCCGUACACUUGGCAUUGGCCACUAACAUCAUGCUGCCCCGUACACUUGGCAUUGGCCACUAACAGCAUGCUGCCCCGUACACUUGGCAUUAGCCACUAACAUCAUUCUGCACGUACACUUGGCAUUGGCCACUAACAUCAUGCUGCCCCGUACACUUGGCAUUGGCCACUAACAUCAUGCUUCCCCGUACACUUGGCAUUGGCCACUAACAUCAUGCUGCCCAGUACACUUGGCUUUGACCACUAACAUCAUGCUGCCCCGUACACUUGGCAUUGGCCACUAACAUCAUGCUUCCCCGUACACUUGGCAUUGGCCCCUAACCUCAUGCUGCCCCGUACACUUUGCAUUGGCCACUAACAUCAUGCUUCCCCGUACACUUGGCAUUGGCCACUAACAUCAUGCUGCCCAGUACACUUGGCAUUGACCACUAACAUCAUGCUGCCCCGUACACUUGGCAUUGGCCACUAACAUCAUGCUGCCCCGUACACUUGGCAUUGACCACUAACAUCAUGCUGCCCCGUACAAGCCGGCCUUGAUUUAAAAACCAACCAAUAUAUAAAUAUAUGUUAAGAUCUUUUGGUCUCUCCUCAUCCCGUACGGAUUGAAAUAUCGUACAAGAAAUUAAAAUUGUUAAACCGUUCUUCGUCACCACAGAGUUAAAAUGCUGCUGAGGAGGAGCGUGCUGUUCUACAUCAUCGCGAU